CUGAAGCUGAGGCAGACUCAUUUCCUUAUUACUGCAAGAAUUCUAUAAAUUGUGGGCAUCAUACUGAGGCCAAACAGAAUGUCUGUAUCAGGAAAGAAAGAGUUUGAUGUAAAGCAGAUCCUUAGGCUUCGCUGGCGUUGGUUUACUCAUUCCUCCCAGACAUCAGCAGGAAGCGGGGGCCACAUACAUCAAGACAGCUCGGAGCAUCACAGCUCACCAGUCCAGAGCCGCUUCAAGAGUCACUCCCGGGACAGAGGAGGAAUUCGCAAGUGCAACAGCCCAGUGCACAGCAUUCUGGAUCCCAUUCCUGGCUCCACACCCAUCUAUGUCAGGCUGGGCAAUCAAUUAUGGCACCGGCAAAAUAUCAUGCAGCAAGCUAGCGAGGAUAUUCCUAAAAACAGUUCACCUGCCACUGUCAGGAAAGAGGAAGGCAAAUGCAGUCAGGAGCAUAUGAAGAAUGACUCGGAGGAGCCCUCUGAGGAAAAAUCCACAGACAGGUUGACUAUGAGCAGUUACUCUAGGAUGAGCUCCAACUGCUCAGUUGAGUUUUUCCAGGCCACAAACCAUGCAGAACAGACCUUUCAUAAGAUAGAGACUUAUCUCCAACACAAGCAGCUGUGUGAUGUGCUUUUGAUAGCUGGAGAUCACAAGAUACCUGCACACAGACUUGUCUUAAGUGCAGUUUCUGACUACUUUGCUGCCAUGUUCACCAAUGAUGUGCGGGAGGCUAAACAAGAGGAGAUCAAAAUAGAAGGUGUUGAUCCGGAGGCACUGAAAUCAUUAGUUCAUUUUGCAUACACUGGUGUUCUUGAGCUGAAGGAAGAGACUAUUGAGAGUCUACUGGCUACAGCAUGUCUGCUCCAGCUCUCACAAGUUAUUGAGGUCUGCUGCAACUUUCUAAUGAAACAACUGCACCCAUCCAACUGCCUGGGGAUCUGUUCAUUUGCUGAUGCUCAAGGGUGCACAGAUCUUCUGAACGUGGCCCACAGCUACACUAUGGAACACUUUCUAGAGGUCAUUCAAAACCAGGAGUUUCUCUUACUUCCUACAAUGGAAAUAGUCAAACUGCUUGCCAGUGAUGACAUCAACAUUCCAGAUGAAGAAACUAUUUUUCAAGCACUGAUGAUGUGGGUACGAUAUGAUGUGCAGCACCGACAACGAGAUUUGGGAGAGCUACUAGUGUACAUCCGCUUACCACUUCUCCCACCUCAGCUUCUUGCUGACCUGGAAAACAAUAGGAUGUUUUCAGAAGAUCUGGAAUGCCAAAAACUACUGAUGGAGGCUAUGAAGUAUCAUUUGCUGCCAGAGCGCCGUCCAAUGCUACAGAGUCCAAGGACCAAACCACGCAAGUCCACUGUUGGGGCACUCUAUGCAGUAGGAGGCAUAGAUGCCUCAAAAGGUUCUACAACAAUAGAAAAGUAUGACCUUCGCACUAACACAUGGAUCCAGGAUGGAGUAAUGAAUGGCCGACGGCUUCAGUUCGGUGUGGCAGUAAUUGAGAAAAAACUCUACAUGGUUGGCGGAAGAGAUGGCCUCAAGACAUCCAAUAUGGUGGAGUGCUAUGACCCUAUCACUAAAGUGUGGUGCACUAUGCCUCCUAUGUCAACCCACAGACAUGGGCUAGGUAUUGCUGUACUGGAAGGACCUAUGUAUGCAGUGGGAGGCCAUGAUGGAUGGAGCUAUCUGAACACAGUAGAGCGGUGGGACCCACAGGCCAGACAGUGGAAUUAUGUGGCUAGCAUGUCCACUCCUCGCAGCACUGUGGGAGUCACUGCCCUCAAUGGAAAAUUGUUUGCAGUAGGAGGCCGUGAUGGAAGCUCCUGCCUGCGAUCAAUGGAAUGUUUUGAUCCCCAUACAAACAAAUGGAGUAUGUGUUCACCAAUGGCAAAGAGGAGAGGAGGAGUGGGUGUGGCUACAUACAACAGUUUCCUCUAUGCAGUCGGUGGCCAUGAUGCACCAGCUUCAAAUCACUGCUCUCGCCUGUCUGACUGUGUGGAGAGGUAUGACCCAAAAACAGACAUGUGGACUACAGUUUCAUCCCUUAGUGUGCCUCGUGAUGCAGUUGGAGUCAGUUUACUUGGGGACAGAUUGUAUGCAGUAGGUGGCUAUGAUGGCCAGUCCUACCUAAAUACUGUGGAGUCCUAUGAUGCGCAGAACAAUGAGUGGACUGAGGAGGUGCCUUUGAACAUUGGGAGAGCUGGGGCCUGUGUAGUGGUAGUAAAAUUGUCUUGAGCAUCCAGGCUUCCUGAAUAACACUCUUUCAGCAGACACACCAGCAGUGUAAUAAUAAUAAUAAUAAUAAUAAUAAUAAUAAUAAUAAUAAUACCUUCAUGUCAACACUUAGAAUGUUCAUUCCUGUCUUGCUUGUUCAUUCCUAUCGUAUUUGAAAAUGUGAGAGACCUAAAUAGCUGACUAUUACUAUUAAUAAUUGACUAUUAUAAGUAGACAGUGGAAAAACUGUAGUUAUUAUAAUUAUUACAGCAUAUCAAGCUUUACAGUUUAAUUUUGGAAAUCAAAACAUUUUGCAUAUGAGUAUCAAAAUUGUUGAAUGUGUAUAUUAAAAGUCAGUUUUACCAGAUUAGCUUUCAUAUUGUUUACCUCAUAAUACAUUCUGAGGUUAGUAUUUUGAUGUCAGUUACAUAAAAUGUGUAUUUUAAAUAAUAGUGCAUAUGCAGACUUGCUUAUUUCAUUUAUUUUUAUUUUGUGAAAAAAUGUGUUUUGACUCUUGCACAAUGCUUUUUAAAAAUCACUGUGAAUUCAAUUGUGGGCUUGCUAACUAAACAUGAAGUUAUUUUACACAAAACAUUUUUUAAAGAUCAUUUAAGCACAAAUCUCAUACACAUUUUUAUGUAAAAUUAGAUACAGCAUGAAACUUGAAUAUGCUUUGAAUUAGCUGCAAAACACCAAAGUAAUUAUAACAUGAUAGUAGUUAUAAAUGUUAACUGUUUACAAAAUAGUGACUUUACAAAUAUAUCAUAUUGAUAUUCCACAUUAUUGUAUAAUUUCUUGUAAUUAAUUCAUGUACAUAUUUCUUGAAUUAGUGUUAAAUGUAAAUGAUGGUCAUAUUUUUUGGCAUGCUGCUUCAGUAUAUUUAUAAUUGAUAAUACUUUCAUAUAUGGUAUAUUGAACAUUAAUUUCCAGAGAUCAACACUGAUGUGUUGUUUUAAUUCUGGAAUUUUUCAUAUGUGUUGACUUCCUGUAAUGGUCAUAUAUAAGCAUUUCCCAAGUAAAAUCUGAAAUUUCUGAAUCAGAAUUUAACCAUAGCAAGUCCAAUAAAUGGCUGUAAAAAUAGCUUUUGCAAAGUGAGGUAUUUGUAGUAAAUGGGUUACUAAAAAAUUAACAAUAAGAAAAUUUUCACUAUUUUAUAUAGCAUGUAAACAUAAAUAAAUGUUUUAACUCUUAA